UCCAAUAAAAAUAAACGAAGGAACUAGCACUACGUACUCCACCUCAAGUGGAAAAUCGGAAACCACAAAAACUGGUAACGUCUACGCGCUCUCUCUCUCGAAUGACCUUCGCGCUCUCUCUCUGAACAUAAAUGGAAUCUCUCGAUCAAACCCCCAACCUUUAUUUUCAAACCCCACAAGACCAAUCCAAUCCACCUCCACCACCACCGGAAACCCUAGAUUUCAUCCCCGUUUGCCCUAACUCACCCUCUCCUCCUCCAGCUGAAGAUGCUCAAUUUCCCGAUCCCCAAAACCCACACAAAACCCUAAUCUCCAAUCCUCCCCAAAUUGCUCCUAAAAAUGGCCACAAUCCCCAAACUACCACACCAAAACCCGAGAUCCCGAAGCCCUUACUCUCCGAAAAUAGCGUCGUUAACACAAACAGUGGUGACAGAGACUACUCUGGUGGAGAGGAGGAAACCACCAGCCGCCGCCGCCGCCGUUGCAGUCGUUGGGACCCACCGGCGGAUGCUGGUGCCGAUGGUAGUAAUAAUAAUGAUUCGGGUAGCGGCACGAGGAAGCGAAAAUCGAGGUGGGCUGACGACGAGCCAAAGCCCGUGAUUCAGUUACCUGAUUUUAUGAAAGAUUUUACUGGAGGUAUUGAAUUUGAUCCGGAAAUUCAAGCUUUGAAUGCUAGGCUAUUGGAGAUUAGUAGGAUGUUGCAGUCUGGUUUGCCUCUUGAUGAUAGACCUGAAGGAGCUAGGUCUCCUUCGCCUGAACCAAUUUAUGAUAAUAUGGGAAUUAGGAUUAACACAAGAGAGUAUAGGGCAAGAGAAAGACUGAACAAAGAAAGACAAGAGAUUAUUUCGCAGAUUAUUAAGAGAAACCCGGCCUUUAAACCGCCAGCAGAUUAUAGGCCCCCCAAGCUUCAAAAGAAGCUUUAUAUACCUAUGAAAGAGUAUCCAGGCUAUAAUUUUAUUGGGUUGAUUAUUGGGCCAAGAGGGAAUACCCAGAAGAGAAUGGAGAGGGAGACAGGUGGUAAAAUUGUUAUUAGAGGUAAGGGGUCAGUGAAGGAAGGGAGAUUGCAGCAGAAGAGGGAUCUGAAACCAGAUCCAUCAGAGAAUGAGGAUUUGCAUGUUUUGGUCGAGGCGGAGACACAGGAGGCAUUGGAUGCUGCUGCAGGGAUGGUUGAGAAGUUGUUGCAACCUGUGGAUGAAGUCUUGAAUGAGCAUAAGAGGCAGCAACUUAGGGAACUUGCUGCUUUGAAUGGAACAAUUAGGGAUGAGGAGUAUUGUAGGCUAUGUGGCGAGCCAGGCCACAGGCAGUAUGCAUGCCCUUCGCGGACCUCUACGUUUAAGAGUGACGUGCUUUGUAAGAUUUGUGGUGAUGGUGGACAUCCAACCAUUGAUUGUCCUAUGAAGGGAACAACUGGGAAGAAAAUGGAUGAUGAGUAUCAGAACUUUUUGGCUGAGUUAGGUGGGACUAUGCCUGAAUCUGCAACUAAGCGAACUGCUACCUUAGCUUUGGAGUCAAGUGGUUCCGGAAAAAAUCCUCCCUGGGCUGGUAGUAAUACCGGGGGUCUUGGUAGUGCGAAUCAAGCAGGGCUGGGAGCAAAUGGGCUCACACCUAAGGAAUAUGAUGAUACGAAUUUGUAUAUUGGUUACUUGCCACCCAAUCUUGAUGAUGAUGGGUUGAUUGGAUUGUUUUCUUCUUUUGGUGAAAUUGUGAUGGCCAAGGUCAUUAAGGAUCGGAUUACUGGAUUGAGUAAAGGCUAUGGUUUUGUGAAGUAUUGUGAUGUUCAAAUGGCUAAUAAUGCAAUCGCAAGCAUGAAUGGUUAUCGCAUUGAUGGUCGAACCAUUGCUGUGAGAGUUGCUGGUAAGCCACCUCAGCCUACUGUCCCGCCAGGUCCUCCAACAUCAACCAUGCCCGCAUACCCGGUCUCAACUCAACCACUUGGAGGUGCUUAUCCCUCGCAGCAGUUUACAGCAGGUGGUCCCCUUCCAAAUGGUCCACCUACCAGCUUUGUUGGGGCGCACACCAGCUAUACAGGAACUCGGGUUCCAUGGGGACCACCAGUUCCCUCUCUUUAUGGUUCUUAUGGUCCUCCUGGAUCAACCAUGUACCCUCCCAUUCCUGGACAGCCUAUACCUCCUUAUGGUGUGCAAUAUCCUCUACCAGUGCAGCCAGUUCCCUCGGGCACACUGACUCAAACUGUGGCAUCUAGUGAGGCUCAACAAAGCUACCCACCAGGAGUGCCAUCUGAAAACAGCUUAUCUGCUCCACUUACAGCCUCAAAUGUGUAUGGGCACUCGAUAGGUUAUUCAUCUUACUACAGUGCAGUUCCUCCUCCUGCUCCCUCCCCAGCAACGGACCAUUCACAUGGAAUGGGUAAUGUGCCUUGGGCUCCAAACUCGACCAUGCCACCUCCACAUUCUUCUUCUGCAGAGAAAGCAAGAUAUGGUGCAGAUGCAGAAUAUGAGAAGUUUAUGGCAGAGAUGAAAUGAGGCCAGUUGCUUUCCUAGUUACUUUCAAUUGAAGAGGGCUGAUGUUUCUUGGCGCAGCCUGAUUUCUUACCUCUUGCCAUGACUUUGUUGGAAGUUUGGGACUCACAUCUUUAACCUUGCUGUACUAUUAUCGCAUUUGCAGAGAUAUUGGCUAGCGAGUUCAUACAGGCACAUUUUGGAGAAGCUGCUCAAAUCUUAUUGAUAUUAUUAUUUCUUGUUUUCUUAUUGAAGUUAACAUUGUUUUCUUAUCAAUGUCUGUUUCCUCCUAUAUGAUGUCUUAUUGCUAACUUCUACUUUUAUUUGCUUAAUUGAAUUUUUUUGGAAUAUCUCACUGACGGUUUUGUGUUACAUUUGACCAUCUUUGGUGUGCUUAACCAUUUCUUGUCUUGGCUUUAAUGUUAUUUUUUAUUGUUGUUCACCUUUUACUUUGAGGAUAGUUGAGUUAUCCUAGUUGCUAUGCUGUUGAAGCUUCUUCAGGUUUGUUCAUCCUAUCUUUCAAGAUGGUGAGUGUCUUAGAAUAUGAAUGCCUUUUGGGUAUGUGUAAGAAGCUUUCAAUUCAUUCUUUUUGCUUAUUUGUUUUUCUUUCUCUCCCGUUUGCUUGUAAGGUUGUUCUGAUGUCUCUUCCUAGCUUUUACAUGGCAGUUAAAAGAUCUCAAAUACAUAUUUAGUUUUGGUAGUGAUUUUUUUUUUUAUCAAAUACAAUGCUAUGUGAUUUAGGAUAUAGUUGAAUAUGGAACCUGAGGGAGCUAACUGUUCGUGUGAAUUAAGAGAGUUAUCAAUUUCCUGUUUAGCUGGUCAAUGAAGUGUGAUUUAGGACCCAUUUAGAGCUGCAGUGUGAAAACUAGUUGCGAUACAAGCAUAUGCUUCUGUGAUUGCAGUGCCAAAGUGGCACAUAGUGGUUUACAUAAGAAAGUCUGUUAAACAUAUUGCAUGAUGAUUUGAAAGCAUUAUUAUCUUGUCAGUGGUAUUUCAGAUUGUUGGUAAUUUCUCGAACCUUAGCCUCCGUGGUAUAAUAAACAAAACAUUUUAGCUUUGUAUUUUUUCUAAGAUGAAAUUUGCCACCCACAGAACUUUCUAUUGACCUGUUCUUUCAUAGAACCUUCCUAAAUUUCUGUCAUUUCUUCUUACCCAUUUGUACCCUUCUUGAAUGUACAUUCACAACUCUUUUUUUAAUUACUGGUGAGCUGUGAACAGCUGUAGGUAUGUUUUUGAUAAUCUGUUUUCUCCAACUAGAUUCUUUUGUAAAGCUUUGACUAGCAAUCAUAGUUCCAAAUAAAUAAAUAUCCAAAAUAAAAUAAAAUUGAAUUUUCCUUCUGAAGGAAGGAUUGGUGUUUUGCUCGGAUAAAUUGACAUGUAGCGACUUAAAUAUUAGUGGCAAGGAAGACUUUAGAGAUGACAUAAUUUUGCUCAAUUAUUCAGUAUUUCAGCUAUUUUAUGUUCAAAACCUAGCACCCUGAUUGUUGGGAAGUUGAAGAGUUCGAUGUUUGCAUCUAUUCAUUUUGUUAUUGCAUCAGCUGCAGGUCAUAGGCACUAAGUUGUCUCAUGGCGUGUAUAUGCAUUUCUGGUGGUAAUGGCAUUGUGGUCAUUUUUCUUGCGGCGAGGAUGUUAUACACCUCGAUUAAUUUAUUAAUAUUUUUCCUGGUCUAUUUCAUUUUGCGUGCUAACUUUGUUGUGUGCAAGAUGGUCAGGAUUUAGUUCCAUGAGACGAAAAGAACUUGCUAUCAUGGGCAUCAUGGACCUUGUCAGAUAUUUGAUGGUCAGCUCCCAAUGUAGUGCUUAACUAGAUGGUUUUAGGGAUAGUAGAGGUUUAGUUCUGUCAUCAAAACCUGAUUCUGAAGUGGAUAUUGCUAAUUAGCUAGCAGUCAUAUAAAUUUCUGUAUACUGCCACUUCUGAAUGUAUUGAUAUUUAAUGGUUACUGCUUCUUUGAGUUUA